UUAACAUUCCUGUAAUCUGAUAAUCUCUUAUCAGCAACUGACCAGAUUCAGCUAAUUUUGCGCACGCCUUCAUUCUUCCAGCGUGCAUUGCUUUGUCAACAUACAUUCGCCAGUCAUCUUGAUUUGUUUUUGUUGUGAGCCAUUCAAUCACUUGUUAUCGCAGGUACAUAAGUCUACUCUGUUAGAAGAAUUUCUAAUUCAAUUUAUUGUUGGAUUAUCCUUUAUAUAGGUACAUUGGUGAGAUUCUUUGGAUGCUAAAAAUUUUGUGUAUGCUUUACAAUAUUUGACGGAUUUUGUGUUUGACUGGCGAAAUACGUUAAUACAAUGCUAUGGAGACCCUGUUUCAUGCGCUCAUCAUCGUAAUUACAACUUAGCAGGAGUAAAUGGAAUGUGGUGAACGUUUACGUAUGUUGACUUGAAUUUCUUUGUUCUGCUUCGCUCCAGUUUGCCGGUCUUGGAACCAUGAAUGACCUAGUGAACUUUGUGGCUAUUUAUAUAUUGCCCAGCAUCCAAGAUGCAUUGCGGUAAACAGUCAAAAUGGCGUCUGUUUUGAUUGCUGGAAGUUCACAUGUUAAACGAUUUGAGCACUAUGUAAAUCAAAAUCGAGAAUUUCAGAACUUGAAUUUAAAUCCAAACACUUUUGUAACAUUUUAUGGUAUAAGUGGAGGAAAGCUGACAAAUAAUUCCCACUUGCAGGCGUUAGAACAAAACUUAGGCACGUUUCUCCGGACUUUCUCAUCUUACAUUUAGGUGGUAACGAUCUGGACACAACUUCGGCUGAUGAAACAUACGCUUAUGAGUUAUGUUUACGACUUUGUUGUAUUGCGGAAACAUUUGCCCGUCGUUUCAACAUUAAAAAGACAAUUGUUUGCCAACUGAUGCCGAGAUAUCGGACACGGGUAUUAGAUAUAAAUAGUUAUAAUGAACUAGUAAUUAAAUUCAAUAGAAUACUGAAGAGAGAGCUGUUAGGAAAAAACUGUUUGCAGUACUGGAAUAUAAAAGGUGUUAAAAACAGCCAGCGUCCAGUAUUUUGCGAUGGAGUCCAUCUGAACAACGAAUGGGGCAUGCGAAUUUACUACAGAAACUUGCGUGGUGCAAUUAUCCAAUGUUUAAAAUAAGAUUGGUAGCAGGGACAUCUACAUCGUAUGGUCCGUCAACAUAAGCAGCACAUUUUCAUUCAGGUAGGAACAUGCCACCUAAGAGAAAAAGGAGUCGGGUGACAAAAGCUGCGGAGCCAACCGAGUCUCAACCAAAACGCAGCGCACCGUCUAAAGACCUGGAAAUCGUGGAUACAAUCCAAAACGCAAUACAAGCAGCCAUUCCUGGUAUUACGAAGGCGGUAAUGGAUGAGAUAUCCAAACAAAAGACUAGUACUGACACCGCUAUAAUGCCAAGUCCUUCAGCGCCUGAGGGGGAAGCGGCCAAUGACAGCGCUGUGGAGCCUACGGUUAAUCUGGGUCCGGGAAUUUCAGGACCUAUGUACAAAUAUGGACCCAGUGCCAUCAGCAGUUCACCCAACAAUGCUAACACUCUGAAAGAUAUAGCGACAGCCAUUCUGAAGAAUUCCCUCGCUCCUACAUCAAGGGCAGCUUAUGAAAAAACAUUUGCUUUUUACGCUGACUUUAUGUCAACCUACUUUCCUAAUGUCUCUUUACUGCCUCCUACUACUGAGCAUUUGGCGCAUUUUAUAGCUUUUUGUUUUCAAAGUAACAUCGCAGCAUCAACCUUGAAAACUUACAUUUCGGCUCUGAGUUAUAAUUUCAAAAUUCAAGGUUUUGAAGAUCCAUCACAACAAUUUGUAAUUCGCAAAAUGCUACAGGGAUAUCAAAAGUUAAAAACAGUAGGAAGUGACACAAGAUUGCCCAUAACAACGUCAAUUCUGAAACAGCUUGUAACUUCUUUAGACAAGUUAGGCAUUUCAGCCUAUUUAUGCAGUAUGCUAAAGGCAAUGUAUUUGCUGGCUUUUCAUGCUUUUUUAAGGGUUGGUGAAAUAACAGUUUCGUCUUCUACGAACGUUAAAAACGUAUUAAAUCUGGUCAAUGUAAAACUCGUUUCGGAUAAACUAAAUUCCAGUGAAUCUCUUGAGAUUACAAUGGAUAAUUUCAAACAUAGUGCAGGCAAACAUAUACCCACGUUGAUUCUACAAAGAAACGAAUCGGAAGAGCAAUUUUGUCCUGUUCAGGCUAUUCAGCUAUUUCUUAAAGUUAGAGGCCAGUCACCAGGCCCUUUGUUUGCAUAUCCAAAUGGUGAUGGGUUACUAAGACAACAUUUUACAAAUUAUUUGCAAAUGUCUCUUAAAUGGGCAGGGCUAAAUACGAGUCAUUAUAAAGGCCACAGUUUUCGAAUAGGAGCUGCGACAUGCGCUGCAGCAAUGGGAAUUUCAGAGGAAAAAAUCAAACGAAUGGGAAGAUGGCAUUCCGACGCUUUUAAAAAGUACAUAAGAAUCCCUGUGCUUCAUAUUUAGAUGAAUUUGAUCAUGGGGUCAUGAGUCUCUGAUCAAAUAGUAUAAAUUAGUAUUUCACCCCUUUUAUUUCUUCGCGAAAGCAUAGGUGAGGGUCAGCAGGUUUUUGAACAGUAGUUUUCCUUUCGGUUAAUCUGUAUAUAUGUUGCCGUAGGUAAUGACUUUCAGACUUUUGAAAUUUAACAUUGGGUCAUGGGGACAUGGGCCUCUGAUUCCACAAUUGCUAGUGAACUAUGGAUGAGAGUUUGUUGUCAUUUGAAAUUUGACACUGGGUCAUGGGGACACGGGCCUCUGAUUCCACAAUUGCUAGUGAACUAUGGGUGAGAGUUUGUUGUCAUUUGAAAUUUGACACUGGGUCAUGGGGACACGGGCCUCUGAUUCCACAAUUGCUAGUGAUCUAUGGCUGAGAAUGUGUUGUCACUUGAAAUUAGACACUGGGUCAUGGGGACAUGGGCCUCUUGACUUCAUAACGGGUAAUGUAGCCUUGCAUGAAAGCAUUUUGUUACUUAUUGCUGCAUGAAUGAUAUGAACAGUUUCUUCACGAGGACAAGGGCCUCUGACAAUUCUUAAAAGGGAAAUGCUGACCAUUACUUGUACAUCAUUUAAGCACUUUUGUAUAACACAAAUGUAAUUUGUAUUCUUUAUGUGAAUGUUACUAUAUAUCAUAUUAAUUGAAGACAAUAGUUUUGGGUGGGGUUUAUUGUAUUCAUUGUUUCACCAUGAACACAAUAAUGUGGCGAUUUUUUAUGCCCCACCUAUGAUAAUUGGCUUAACAAAAUGUAUUUGUUAAUUUUAUGCACAGGUUUUUUAUGAUUGUGUAAUGUUUGUCAAUUUGUUUAAUUAGUAUUUUUGCAUGAUUUGUCUCGUCAUUUAUUAGAUCAAAAUAAAUGACAAUUUUCAAUUCAAACUCUCUUCAUUUUGUUUUUACAAUAUCAAACGAAGCAAAACUAUUGUCAGUGUAUUUGCAUAAAAUCUUAAUUUACAACAUUAAAUUAAUUUAUGUAAAACAUCUGACAUGGCAAGAAGAACAACUCCGAUUUUUCUCUUCGCCGGUUUACAUUCCUGUAAUCUGAUAAUCUCUUAUCAGCAACUGACCAGAUUCAGCUAAUUUUGCGCACGCCUUCAUUCUUCCAGCGUGCAUUGCUUUGUCAACAUACAUUCGCCAGUCAUCUUGAUUUGUUUUUCCCACCGUCCCACCCAAAUGCUUUUUAUUUUUAUCUUCUUGCCAUGUUUGAUGAGAGAAAUAAAUUGAACU